UUGACUAAUUAAAUCAAGUGUGCCAGUUCAGGGUUUAACCAAACAUUAGAAAUGUUUAUGGGGGCCUGAAAAGAAUUUGGAAACCUUAUCAAACAGUUCAGAUGAAAUAGACAUUAGAAAAAAAGUGAUACAAAAUGUUUAGCAAUUAAACCCAAGCAACAGUAAAAAAAUUAUCAGACUCCCUUUCAUUAAGUCCAAUGUCUAGUGUUUAUGGACCAUUAUCACCACAACUGCAAUAUAACACGUAUGUUAUCUAGCACUAUUGCAUAAAUGAUGUUCUAGAGUUCAAGCUGUUAAACAGUGUUAUUAUAAGAAGCUCACUGUCCAUGUGCUGUGCAGUUUACCCUCAAGCUCCAAAAUGAAGAACCUGAUGCAGGUACUUGCUUUGUACUUGUUCUGUCUCUAUGGCUGUUUGUGUCAGAAGGAAGACCCACAAGACUUCAUGCUACUAGCAGGCCCUCUGACCAACACUUUGAAGAUGGACUUGAGCACCAAACCAACGGAUGCCUUUGACUGCACAAAUCCCAUUCCUGUGAUUUCCAGGGACUACUUUCAGUACCUUCUGAGUAGGGGAGUAACUCACUUCAAGGUGCCCCUUUCCUGGGCUCAACUGUUGCCCACAGGUGAACCCAGCCAGCCUCAUCAGCCAGCAGUGUCCUGCUACCGAACCCUCUUGGAGCUGUUAGUUGAAGAAGGGCUUAAACCGCUUGUGAUCUUGCAUCGCUCUACUUCUUUACCAGAUGCCCUUCAGUCCAGAUAUGGUGGCUGGGAAAACCCAAAGCUGCCAAAUAUAUUUAAGAAAUAUGCUGAAUUUGUUUUCAUGGCAUACGGGGAACUGGCACACUCCUGGGUUACACUAAGCCACCUUGAAGAGAUUAGGGAUGUGGGCCGGCUUCAGCUAAAACAUGCCGUUCAUGCCCAUACCAGUGUGUACCACCUCUACCAUCAACUUUUUCAUGGUCAAGGCGGUCGUGUUUCAGUUGGGGUAAGCGCCAGCGAUGUCCCCAUCCUUUACGAAAGUGAGUCUACUGUUAAGGAGGCCUUAGAUUUCCUCUCAGUGCACAUUGAAUACCACUGUACCUCUACAACAGAACUGUCAGAGGAGCUGAAAAGAUUACAGAGUGCCAGUGGGCACAUUCCUGUUGUGAUUUACAAGAUGAAUAUCAAGGGCUGUUCCUUCAGUCCAUUUCAGCCACUCGGUAACCUCCUACAAGUUCUAAUAAAAGGGGAUGUGUAUAUUCUGGGAUGUGACAUGGCUGACAUGUUUGGGGAGCUGGAUUUGGUGGACACUCCAAAACGUUUUGCAGACCACUUUGCAGAUGUACCAUCAGUAAACUACCAGAGUUUGUGGGAUAAGUUUGGAACUCAGUCCUCUUUGGACCGUGACAUCUUCCUGAAUGAGUCUUUUCCGGAUGGCUUCCAGUGGGCCGCAUCCAGUGAGUCCUUCAAGAUUGAGGGUGGCUGGUCUGAGCAUGGAAAGGGUGAGACCAUUUGGGACCGGUAUGGCCAUGAGCACCAAGCCUUUGAAAAUCAGACUGCAGACCUGGCUUGUGACAGCUACCACAAAGUGGACUAUGACGUCUACCUCCUGAGAGGUCUCCUUGUCAAUACCUAUCAGUUUUCCAUCUCCUGGGCCCGCAUUUUCCCCUCCGGCCACCGGGGAAGCUACUCCGAGGAGGGAGCACUUUACUAUGACCACCUGAUCGACGCUCUAAUAGAGACUGGUAUUGAACCAGCUGUGACCCUGCACCACUGGGAUCUUCCCCAGGCACUCCAGGACUAUGGAGGCUGGACCAAUGUUUCUAUGGUAAACGCCUUUACAGAGUAUGCAGACUUUUGCUUUUCUAGGUUUGGAGAUAGGGUGAGGACUUGGAACACCUUCAGUAGCCCAUGGGUGGUGAGCCAUGCUGGGUAUGGUACAGGUCAGCAUCCCCCUGGAAGAAAGGACUAUGUGGUGGCCUCCUACCAGGUGACUCACAACAUGCUUAAGUCCCAUGCUGAAGCCUGGCAUGUUUAUAAUGACAAGUAUCGGAAGGACCAAGGAGGUAAAGUGGGCAUCGCCCUGGACUCUCAUUGGGCUGAGCCUCCAAGCUCCUCAUCCAAGCCUGAAGAUGUAGCAGCUGCAGAGCGCUACCUGCAGUUCAUGCUGGGAUGGUUCGCCCAUCCCAUUUUCGUGAAUGGGCAGUACCCGGCCAUGCUUAAGUCUCAGAUCGAGCAGAAAGUACGAAACUGUUUUCCCUCUGUGCCUGCCAUACUUCCUGUCUUUACUGCAGCAGAGAGUCAGCGUAUUCAUGGAACGGCAGAUUUCUUGGGACUGAACCACUUCACCACUCGUCUGGUCAAUGCCAGUAAUGGGGGCUGCGUUCCAGGACCAGAAGGGGUAGGAGACUUCACAGCUUACGUGGACCCUGUCUGGCCGACUACAACGUCUGACUGGAUCCACUCUGCACCAUGGGGUCUCCGUAGGCUGCUCAACUUUGUGUCUGCAGAGUAUCUGAAUGUCACUAAAGUGCCCGUCUACGUAACUGGGAAUGGGGUUCCCACAGGGUACACUGGGGACACUAUCAAUGACACAGAGCGCAUAGGGUACUUGAGGGCUUACAUCAACGAAGCACUGAAAGCAAUCCAUCUGGAUGGAGUGAACCUGCAGCGGUUUACUGUGCAGUCACUGAUGGACGGUUUUGAAGGGCCACAGGGCUACAACCAAAGGUUUGGUUUGCACUAUGUCAACUUUGAUCUUCCUGACAGGCCCAGAACCCCAAAGCAGUCUGCAUAUUUUUACUCAGAUGUUAUUAGGAGAAAUGGAUUUGCCAACACACAAGACAGAAAUUCACCACUAGAGCUGAAGUUUGAAACUAUUUUACGACAACCCACUUUGCCCCCAUCCGAGGUUCCUUCCAGAUCCAAGGUUGUCUGGGAGAAGUUCUCCAAUCAGUCCAAUUUUGAAAGGAAACUCUACCACUAUGGCACCUUUCCAAAAGGUUUCCAUUGGGGUGUGACAUCCUCUGCCUAUCAAAUAGAAGGUGCCUGGAAUGUGGAUGGGAAGGGGGCAAGUGUAUGGGACACCUUCACGCAGAAACCUGGCAGUAUUCCCGGAAAUGCCAACGGUGCCAUAGCCUGUGACAGUUACAACCGUCUUGAAGAAGAUCUCUACAUGCUUAGGGCUAUGAGAAUUAAGACCUACCGGUUCUCCCUAUCCUGGUCCAGGAUCUUUCCAGAUGGUCACAGAGCUUCCCUAAACCAUAAGGGUGUUGACUACUACCACAGGCUUAUCAAUGGCCUGUUGGCUUAUAACAUCACCCCCAUGGUGACGCUGCACCACUGGGACCUCCCCCAGGCCCUACAGGACCUUGGUGGCUGGGACAACAUCCAGAUGAUUGACAUCUUCAAUGACUUUAGCGAUUUUUGCUUCACAAGCUUUGGGGACAGAGUGAAGUUUUGGUUAACUUUUAACCAACCCUAUACACUUGCAUGGUCAGGAUAUGGUCUAGGGCAGAUCCCACCAAACAUCAGGAAGCCUGGGGAUGCACCUUACAGAGUCGCUCACAACCUUCUAAAAGCUCAUGCCAAGGUUUAUCACACAUAUGACGAGAAGUACCGCAAAUCCCAGGGUGGUCUGGUCUCCAUCGCCCUCAACGCAGACUGGACGGAGCCCAAAGAUCUUCAGAACCCCCGCGAAAUUGUGGCUGCAGACCGUGCUUUACAGUUUCAGCUUGGCUGGUUCGCUCACCCCAUCUUCAAAACCGGUGAUUAUCCUGACGCCAUGAAGUGGCAGGUGGGCAACAAGAGUGAGCUACAAGGCCUGCUGGCAUCUAGGCUCCCCUCAUUCACCAAUGUUGAAAGGGAUUAUAUCAGAGGUACUGCUGAUGUCUUCUGUAUUAACGCUUAUACCACUAAGGUGGUACGUCACGUGACUGAUAGGCUUACUCCUCAGUCCUACGAAUAUGAUCAGGAUGUGGGUGAAGAGGAAGACCGUGAGAACCCCACAACCGCCAUCAAAGGUCAGAGGGCUGUAGCAUGGGGCUUACGGAGGCUUCUGAACUGGAUCAAGGAGGAGUAUGGUGAUCCUGAGAUUUAUGUCACAGAGAAUGGAGUAGCUACAGCUUCAAAGACCACUGUGGAUGACAAUGACAGAAUAUUCUACUACAAAACAUACAUUGAUGAGGCUCUGAAAGCCCAUAACCUGGAUGGUGUAAAGGUGAGGGGUUACAGUGCCUCAUCUCUAAUGGACUCCUUUGAAUGGCUCAAUGGGUACACGGUGGGAUUUGGUCUCCACCAUGUGGACUUUACUGACCCAAGCCGACCCAGGACGCCCAAACGUUCAGCACACUACUACUAUCAAAUCAUGAGGGAUAAUGGUUUUCCUCAGUCGGAGGAUGGCUCACCCAUUUAUGGAACCUUCUGCAAAGACUUCAUUUGGAGCGCAGCGACAGCAUCUUACCAGAUUGAAGGGGGCUGGAGAGCAGAUGGGAAGGGCCUCAGUAUAUGGGAUAAGUUUGCCCACACUCCUCUUAGAGUGUCCAAUGACGACACAGGAGAUAUUGCCUGUGAUAGUUAUAAUAAGGUUGAUGAGGAUGUGGCUAUGCUGAAGAGGCUGAAGGUGACACACUACCGCUUCUCCAUAUCCUGGUCCAGGGUGCUUCCCGAUGGCACCACUAAAAACAUCAACGAGGCUGGCCUCAACUAUUACCACAGACUGAUUGACGCACUGCUUGCUGCUAAUAUCCAGCCCCAUAUUACCCUCUACCAUUGGGACCUCCCUCAGGCUCUGCAGGAUGUAGGUGGCUGGGAGAAUGACAAUAUUGUUGAUAGAUUCAGAGAAUAUGCUGAUUUUAUAUUUAAUCGCCUUGGAGACAAAGUAAAAUUGUGGAUCACCAUCAACGAGCCUUACAAUGUAGCCAAUAUUGGUCAUGGCUAUGGAGCCGCUGCUCCAGGUAUCAGCUUCAGGCCUGGCACUCUUCCCUACAUCGUGGGCCAUAACCUCAUUAAAGCCCAUGCCGAGGCCUGGCAUCUGUACAAUGAUAACUAUCGCGCCAAGCAGCGUGGCAAUAUUUCCAUCACCAUCAACUCCGACUGGUCAGAGCCACGGAACCCUUACAAGCAGGAGGACAUAGAAGCAGCCCGACGUGUUCUUCAGUUCUACAUUGGCUGGUUUGCCCACCCUAUAUUCAAUGGAGACUACAGUGACACAAUGAAGACAAUUAUUCGAGAGAGGAGUCUGGCAGCAGGCCUAUCUAAAUCCCGGCUUCCUGAGUUUACCCCUGCAGAGAUCCAGAGGAUCAAGGGCACUUAUGAUUUCUUUGGGUUUAACCACUACACCACUGUACUGGCCUUCCCUGUUGCUUAUGGGAACCUACAGCACUAUGAUGCCGACAGGGGUGCUGGGACGAUAGCUGAUCGAACCUGGCUAGACUCUGGCUCCAGUUGGCUGAAGGUGUCGCCAUUUGGAUUCAGAAAGAUUUUGAACUUUAUUAAGGACGAGUACGGCAACCCACCCAUAAUCAUCACGGAAAACGGUAUUUCGGAGAGAGGGCCAGUGGAUCUCAACGAUGUUCACAGGAUCCACUAUUUUGAAAGUUACAUCAACCAGGUCCUGAAAGCAUAUCUGCUUGAUGGAGUAGAUAUUCGAGGCUACACAGCUUGGUCUCUUAUGGACAAUCUAGAGUGGGCGACUGGCUUUUCAGAGAGAUUUGGCCUGUUCUAUGUCAACCGCACUGACCCCAACCUUCCACGGAAAGCCAAGAACUCUGCUGCUCGCUAUGCCACCAUCAUCAGAUGUAAUGGAUUCCCAGACCCUGCCAUGGGGCCUCACGACUGUUUGAAUCCUGAACCUGAAGGAACGAACGCACCCACCACUACCUCCGCUAUCUUACCCAUUCAAAGCAUGAGCUUCCUGGAUAUGGAGCUGUCAUCGGAAGAUGCUGAGAUAGCCCUCUACAGCGUCUUUGCUCUCUCCAUCGCUGGUGCCCUCACAGUCAUCACUGUGACGUAUCUGCUCUGGAAGUCAAACAGACCCUCUGCUGAAACUCUGAAGACAGAAACAUUCUGAACACAUCUGUAAGGCUGUCUCCACCCAAUAUUUAACAUGUGAUCUUUAAUACUCUACUUCAAAUAUGAGUAUGUUGUGGUAUAUAACAAUGCAUUGUUGAUAAUUUCUCUGACUAGUCACAAGAUUGUCUGCACCAAACAGCACCAUCACUUAUGUUGAAAAAUAAAGACCUGACUUGA